AUGAUAAGCGGAGGGGACUUCUACAACGUGAUGUGCGCCAUGGUUCCUCUUUACUUUGCCAUGUUCAUGGCCUAUGGCUCAGUCAAGUGGUGGGGGGUCUUCUCGCCGGAGCAGUGCUCAGGGAUCAACCGAUUCGUGGCGGUGUUCGCCGUCCCGGUGCUCUCUUUCUACUUCAUCUCUCAGAACAACCCCUACCAGAUGGACCUCAAAUUCGUCCUCGCUGACACCCUCUCCAAGGUCGCCGUGUUGGUUGUGCUUUCCCUGUGGGCCGUCUUCUCCAAGGGAGGACUCGACUGGCUGAUCACCCUCUUCUCCGUGGCCACCCUGCCCAACACGCUGGUCAUGGGCAUACCCCUCCUCCGCGCCAUGUACGGCGACUUCACCCAGAGCCUAAUGGUGCAACUCGUUGUCUUACAGUGCAUAAUAUGGUAUACAGGCUCCAUUUAUAGCUACAGUCUUCGUAAAUAUCACCGCCUCUCUUUUUAGAUUUGUGCUGUAUUCGCAGGUAUACGCUGCUGCUCUUCCUCUUCGAAUACCGUUCCGCUACACUGUUGAUCAGGAACAACUUCCCGGGGCCCGCGGCGGCGGCAAUUUCCCGAGUCGACGUCGACGGCGAUGUCAUUUCCCUCGACGGGGGGGACCCUGUCUGGGCGGAAUCGGAGCUCGACAUCAAUGGUCAAAUCCGGGUCCGUAUCAGGCGGUCCACUUCGUCGGCGGCCGAGUCGGCCAUCUCCUCCGUCGCGAUGACCCCGCGCCACUCGAGCCUCUCCGGAGCAGAGAUAUACUCCGCCAAUACCCCUGGCCGCCCAGGGGCGGCGGCGCCAUCGUACGACUACGGUAGCGGCGAUGGUGCUGCAAUGGGAUGCAAGAUGAUGAGCCCACGCCUCUCUGGGUACGCCUCCUCGGAGGUGUACUCCUUCCAUCCCACGCCGCGGGCGUCUAACUUCAACGAAGUAGACGCGAGCACGCCGGUGUGGGCCAAGUCCCCGGCCACCGCUGCGAGGACUUUCAGAUCGUAUUCUCCGGCCGUCAACAGUGCUGCGAGGGCAGUGUGGGAGUUUCAACAGCCGGCAGGACAGAGAUGCAAGGACCUUGGAGGUAAUGAAAGAUUCCUGGUCCAAAGUAUAUUUCAUCCUUCUUCCGUUCGCGUUCAUCUCCAUUGAAAACGGUCUCUGGAAUAGACGGGUUUUCCUGCGCGUCCUCGGAGUCGACAAAGGCGAUGCUUGACUACCAGUACCAGUAGGGCCCUUGUUUCAUCUCUUACGUUCCCAGUCGGUAGACCAUGAACAUCAUUUGAAUCGAAUCCAGUUCCGUGACACGGCUCAUAAUAGUUGAAAUUUUUGGUUAGUGACUGGAAUUACGGCAAACUAAUUCAGCAUUAACAUGGUGAGACCUUGCAGAGAAGGACUUGAGCUUCAGGAGCACCUCGAAGUUCGUUUUGAGGGAGGAAGACGAACCAGAAGACCCCGAAGAAGGAAUCCGCCAGAAGAUGCCACCGGCCGGCGUCAUGGUGCGGCUCAUACUGAUCAUGGUGGUCCGGAAGCUCUUGCGGAACCCUAACACCUACUCGAGCGUUCUGGGUCUGGUCUGGUCUCUGAUCUCCUUCAGGUAUGCGACCUUCUAGAAACAAAGAACUGCCUUUUUCAUCUCUGCUAGUCAAACCGCCGUUUACCUCGGGUAAUUGAUCAGGUGGGGCGUCGGCAUGCCGGUCCUGUUGAAGAACUCGAUAAAUAUAAUCGCGGAUGCGGGGCUUGGAAUGGCCAUGUUCAGCUUAGGUGAGCUUUCCUGUCGUACCUCUCUGUCACUGACCUAGAUGCUCUUCGGAUGACAGAAGACCCCUAAACUGGCUGACGGCCGAGCGCAGGACUCUUCAUGGCUCUUCAGCCAAGGAUCAUCGCGUGCGGACCCAAGAUGGCCGUUCUCAGCAUGGCCAUCCGAUUCAUCAGCGGGCCUAUGAUAGUCUCAGCUGCCUCCUUCGCCGUGGAACUGAGAGGCGCGCGCCUGCGCACAGCAAUCGUUCAGGUAUCAUCACCAUAGUUCUCGAGUCAUGAAAAUAGAUUGCAGGGUAGACCCACCUCCGUCGACGUGCAUGAGAUGGAAACUUUUAUAUGGUUUCGUUGCUUCAAGAAAGCGGAUGACGUAGGUAAUUGUUUGAGCAGCUCUGUUGGGACGGCGCCGGGUAGAUUUCUAUGCAGUGGGCUGGGUCUUUGAGGCGGCGCUGCUCUUCCCCUGGAAUCUGUCGGAGAAGGGAAUAACAGUUGUAGACCCCUAGAUAUCUACGUUCUAUAUUUAAAUUAUUCUUAAGAGCAUUGGGGCUAUGCGCUAAGCGGUUUGUGUAGCUACGUUUGGAUUGUCUCACUUUAUAGACUCAAAUGCUUCUGGCUGUGCAUUUCAGGCGGCUCUUCCUCAGGGGAUUGUGCCCUUCGUCUUUGCCAGGGAAUACGGGCUUCACCCUGACAUCCUCAGCACAGGGUAUGCUUCCCAGCUUUUGCAGUCCAUUUAGACAUUUUUAUCCUUUGAACCUUUCUCACGUUCUUGGGAGUUAGAUGUGUGGAAAUACAAGCCUAAAUAUGACUUUUGGCUAUCUUUUCGUAAGGUGCUUGCCAAAAACCCUUGCUUGUUCUUGGUCUUCUCGCCGAGGACUGCCGUAUCCCGAGAGCCAAUCUACUUGUUCUUUACUAGCUUGCUGUCUGCGCAGGGUCAUCUUCGGCAUGCUGGUCUCCUUGCCCACCACCCUUCUCUACUACGUUCUGCUGGGGCUGUGA